AGAGAGCCGCGCCCCUAAUGCCAACCCUCAUCGCCUCCACCUCCUCCUCGCCGCGGUGCGCCCACUUCGCCUGCCGCCGCGGCACGCGCACGCGCCGGCUGCCGGGUCCGGCACUGGCUGAUGCCCACCACGGACAAGGCUGCGGGAGGCCGCUGGGCCGCGCGGCCGGGUUCGUGGGCGGCGGCAUCGCGGCCGCGUUCUUCGCGUCCCUUGAGCGUUGCUCCUGCGUCGAAGUCCGCACGAUGGAAGACGACCUCCUCGACGACGCCGAAGCCGAAGCGGCGACCCUGAUGCUCGGCCCCGCCGGUGGAGGAGGCAGUAAGAAGAGCGCGCCCGGUGGGAGGAGGGCGGCCGGGAAGGGCAAGCGCGCUGGAUUCGGGUGCUGCGAGAAUAGUGCUAGCAGUGUUAGUGUGUAAAGUAUUGUACUCCAUCGAUCCAUCGAAGCUGUUGAGAAUUCUGACGGAAGGUCGAUCCAUGUACCAAAGAAUUGUUUCGGUCCAUCUGUUGGUCAAUUAAGAAGAUCUCUCGCUGAUGUAUGCUUGCUUGCUUCCUUGUUGCGAUGAAAUUACAUAUCAGUUUGAAUGA